GGCAGGCGGGGAGGUACAGGCAGGGGCGGCCUCCACUGUGAGGCCACCAGGGCGAGAUGCAACCUUUGCCGGAGCCUCACUAACUUUUCCGGGCGGAAGAGGAGGAGAAAGGGGCCUUGAGCGAUUUGGGGGUGGGAGAAUAAUGAGAAGCAGUCAGUUCCCUGCACCCAGCACUUAACUGCCCUUCAGCGUCCGCCCGGCGGGGCGGCCAGCUAGACCGCUGUCGGUGGAGCAGCCCAUGUCAGACGCAGGCGAAGCCCUAGCUCCGGGGCCCCAACAAGGGGAGGAAGCGGACGAUGGCCGCCUGGGCGCCCCCGCCCACGAUAAAUGUGAUGAAGAAAAUACGGAGAGAGCCACCAAUAGCUCUUUCACACAUGGAGAUAUCCAAGACCAGUUCAUUUGGGGAAAUAAUUCAGAGGAUGAACUCAUCAGAACCCAACCUCAGCGCUUACCUCAGCUUCAAACUUCGGCACAGGAACCAUGUGACAGUGACGAUGAAAUAGGCAAGAUAAAGAACUGCUACAAAAAUCUGAGCAAUGGAAAUGGAAUUCACCAUGGGGCCAAACAUGUAUCUGCAGAUAAUCGAAGACUUUCAGCACCUGUUUCUCAAAAAAUGCAUAUAAAAAUUCAGUCCAGUUUGUCUGUAAAUAGUGAUAUCAAUAAGAAGAGUAAAAUAAAUGCUGUCUUUUCCCAAAAGCCAGGCUCCUCACCUGAAGAUUGCUGUGUCCACUGUAUCCUUGCCUGCUUGUUUUGUGAAUUCCUGACCCUCUGCAAUAUUGUCCUGGGACAAGCUUCAUGUGGCAUCUGUACCUCAGAAACCUGCUGCUGUUGCUGCGGAGAUGACAUGGGGGAUGACUGUAACUGCCCUUGUGACAUGGAUUGUGGCAUCAUGGAUGCCUGUUGUGAAUCAUCAGACUGUUUGGAAAUCUGUAUGGAAUGCUGUGGAAUUUGUUUUCCUUCAUAAAUAUUUAUCUUUUAUUUGUGUUAAAA